AUGGAAUGGGUUAAACAUUAUCUAUAUAAUUUUACCAAAAAACAAAUAGCAAAAGACGAACUUCAUGGAAACUCGAGAACAAACCUUUGGAAAAAAAGGAAAGCACAGAAACAACUUCAACACGAAGCUAAAAAGAUGCGGACUCUUGAUGAGAUGUGGGGUGUGAAAACACGGGAUAAAGGAAAAGACCGCUAUAAUGAAUUGAAAAAUCAGCUCCGAAAUCUUCAAAAUGCUAAAAAAACAUUAGCUAAAUUCCAACCUUAUGAAGACAUUCAAAAUACGGAAUAUAUGUCUCGUUGCAUUAGAGGAUGGGUGAAAGAUUUUCUUGAACAAGGCACUUUACCUAGUCACCAACAAGGAAAGCACGCAAAAAGGGAAUCGUUACUUGAUGAUGAGGACCUCAAAUUGGUGGCUUGUACAUGGUUACAUUCUAUUCCACCAAAAGACCAUUCACCUUUAUCAUUAAAAAAAGAAUUAGAAACAAAUAUUUUUCCUAAAUUGCUUGGAGGGAGAUGGAGGUAUUGUGGAUGGGGAUAUUGUGGUCAAAUUUAUUUUGACGGUCAUGAAUGGGAAGAUGUGAAAGAAUAUCGUAAAGAAUGGGCAUCAAGAAUGAUGAAUUAUAGAAAAAAAAUGAAGCAAUAUAAUGGUGAUGAAAUGGAAAUUGUUAUACCACCAAAACAGCUUGAAAUUUGGGAUACUCAUCAUGUCUUGGUUACCCACGAUGAAGCUUACUUUUAUGCUAAUGAUGAUAAUUCAUCUUUUUGGGUAGAAGAUAAAGAAUCCAUUAUCAAAAAAAAAGGCCAAGAGUCUACAAUUAUGGUUAAACGAGAAGCUCGAGUUAUUAUCAAACCAGGGCAACAUGCCGAUGGUUAUUGGAAAAGCAAAAAUAUGGUUAAACAGCUUCAUGAAAAGGCGAUACCGAUCUUUAAUGCAUUCCAUUCAGGAUGCAUAGUCAAAGAUAAAUUUAAAUAUAAAGAUGAUUGGUUUAUUCAUAAUCAUAUAAAAAUUGAGCAGCCCAUGUUUUUUUUGGAUGAAAAUGAUGGUAUUGUAAAAUUUAAAGAAAUCAAAAAGAUUUUGGAAGAACGAGGCAUAUGGACUGGUCAAAAAUUGGACUAUAGAAGAAAAGAAGAUGACAAAAAAGUUCCGAAUUGUUGCACAAGACACAUACUUACGAUGGAACCAGACUUUUUGAAACAAAAAACUUCGAUUGCAGAGACUGUUGAAGCUGCCAGGCAUAUUUUUGAAUUAUAUCCAAAGUUUCACUGUGAAUGCAACUUCAUUAAGCGUUUCUGGGAUGCCGCCAAACGAAUUGCUCGUCAACAAUGUGAUUAUUCUUAUGCACAACUACAAAUCCGUGUACCAGAAAUACUCAGCAACAUACCAUUACCUAUGAUCAGAAGAUUUAGCUGA